AUGGAAGUCAACAUCCAGCCGCAGGCACUGUCUGAAGCCAUUGUCGACAGAACGCUGACUUCGGACACCACAUCCACGUCCAGGAUAAGCGUGACGCCUGUCCCCGCCGCGCUGAUCGACACGACCUUCUCAUCCUCGACGAACCUGUCCACCACCGUGCUCGGCGCUUCCAUCCUAUCCUGCUCUGAUGAGUACUUCGCUGCCGCCUCCAAUCUCCUCACGCCGACACCUGUGAUACGAAAGCCGGGGGUGUUUGUCCACACGGGAGCGUGGUAUGACGGGUGGGAGACCAGGAGACACAACCCCAAGGAAUUCGAUUGGGUGGUGAUCAAGCUCGGCUGUGUGGCACAGAUAGAAGCGGUCGAGGUGGACACGAGCUACUUCAAUGGGAACGAGGCCCCGCUUGCCGGGCUGGACGGGGUUGCCUUUUCGAGCGACGAGGACGACAGUCAGGCCGCGAAGGAAGGGUAUGCUGGGUGGAUGGAAGUGCUGCCCCCGCAAAAGUGCGGGCCCUCUCAACGGCAGGCGUGGAAGGUGUCUGGUCCAGGCGUGCAGGGGAAGCAGUUCACGCACUUGAGGUUGAAGCAGUAUCCGGACGGGGGGAUUGCCAGGUUGAGGGUCUACGGGACGGUUGUCCCGCCGUCGCUACCGGCAAGUGUCACGUCGGGAAAGGAGGAGAGACCCCUGGAAGACCUGGCCAGUGCGCUCAACGGCGGUGUCGCCAUCGAAUGCUCUGACCAACAUUUCGGCGGGAAGAACUAUCUGAUCCUGCCCGGCAGAGGGAAGGACAUGGGCGACGGAUGGGAGACGGCCAGAAGCAGGGUUAAGGGCCACACCGACUGGGUGAUAGUCCGCCUGGGGCUGAAGGGCAGGAAGAUCGAAAAAGUCAUCGUCGACACCAAGGAUUUCAGAGGAAAUUACCCCAGGGCGGUCAAAGUUGAGGGGUGGGCGACCGAGGUGGCAAAGGCGGCUCUGGGCACCGAGGCGGACCCCAAGCAUGACGCGACGGGAUGGACAGCACUGAUCAAAGGAGAGCAGCCUUGCCAAGCAGAUACCGAGCAUGGGUUUGAGGGUGACCAACUGGUGGUUUCUGAGCCCCCGGAAGGACAUGUGUGGACGCACGUGAAGAUGACCAUUAUCCCUGAUGGCGGUGUGAAGAGGUUGAGGAUAUUUGGGAGGCGGGCGUGA